AUGAUGCAGAUGCAGCAUCAAGCACCCCCUCCCGUGGCACCGCCUCAGAAUGUUCAGCCGAAUCACUUCAACCCUUCGCACCAGAUCGCGGCAAUGAAUGAGGCUGUCUGGUUGCAGAUUGGAAGCUUUUCUGAACUGCUGCGCGUUCCUGACGAGGCCAUGCACGCAUAUGAGCGGGCUCUGCAGGCCAAUCCGAACUCUACCGCCGCAAUGAACGCGAUCGGCAUGCUCCUCAAGGGUCGCGAGGCCUUUGACAAGGCUCUCGAAUUCUUCCGAGCCAUUGUCCAGCUCGACCAGAACAACGGCGAAGCAUGGGGAAAUCUUGGCCACUGCUACUUGAUGACCGAAAAUUUACAAAAGGCAUACGACGCUUACCAACAGGCGCUGGUCAACCUUCGGGAUCCCAAGGACCCAAUGCUGUGGUACGGCAUUGGUAUAUUGUACGAUCGCUAUGGCAGCUACGAUUAUGCUGAGGAAGCAUUUUCUCAAGUUAUGACCAUUCAACCCGACUUUGAGAAGGCCAACGAAAUUUACUUUCGACUGGGCAUAAUCUACAAGCAGCAAUCCAAAUUCAACCAGAGCUUGGAUUGCUUCAAAUACAUUGUCAAUUCUCCCCCCGGGCCUCUUACCCAAGAAGAUAUAUGGUUCCAGAUUGGUCACGUCCAUGAACAGCAGAAAGAUUUUGAUGGCGCCAAGUCCGCCUACCAGCGCGUACUGGACCAGUCGCCCAACCACGCCAAGGUUCUACAGCAAUUGGGUUGGCUCUACCACCAACAAAGCCCAGCAUAUGAUUCCCAGGAACGUGGUAUCCAGUACUUGGAGAAGUCUGUCGCGGCAGACAACCAAGAUGCGCAAAGCUGGUAUCUCUUAGGUCGUUGCUAUAUGUCGCAGCAAAAGUACCCCAAGGCAUAUGAAGCAUAUCAACAAGCCGUAUAUCGUGAUGGAAAGAACCCGACGUUCUGGUGCUCGAUUGGCGUGUUGUACUAUCAGAUCAACCAGUACCGAGAUGCGCUGGACGCGUACUCAAGAGCUAUUAGGCUCAACCCGUACAUUUCUGAAGUCUGGUAUGACCUCGGCACUCUUUACGAAUCGUGUAACAACCAGAUUGCCGAUGCGCUGGACGCUUAUCAAAGGGCGGCAGAGUUGGAUCCGGGUAAUCCACACAUUAAAGCCCGCCUUCAGCUUCUUCGUUCCGGCGGUACAAAUGGCGGUCCGCCACCCGCUGCUCCUCAGCCUGCCGACAUGCAUCCUUCAACGUAUCAGACAGGUCCUACAGGCCCUCCUCAAUGGGGAGGAUCCGCGCAACAACAGUCCGCUGGCCCCCCUGCCGCCACUCAGGCAGCCGGUGAGAGCUGGGCCGGCAGGCUGUCCAACGUCAACCCGCCGCCGCAGCCGCCGAAUCCCUACGAGAGCAGAGCCGGUGAACCAUUCCGUGGUCCAGCGCCGCCUCUCCGGCAGCCCAGCCCUCCUCCGCAAGAGCCGCCUUCGCGCCAGCCAUACCCUGAGCUUAACAGGCCUGGCCCAUCGCGUCGUGGCCCAUCACCGCCGCCUCAAGGCCAUCAAUAUGCCCAGCCUCUUCCUCCGCCACCACCCCAGUCUCAACCUCCGGCUCCUGCACCGGCUGAGCAGCGACGUGUUCUCAAUCCUAACUGGGGUGGCUCGACGCCUUCGGCCUCGGCUCCUCCUCCCAACAACUCUAACAAUGCCAACCCGCCUCCGAAUGCAAUGACUCCGUUCCGGACGGCCAGCAGCCCUCGCACUACCGACGGCCGCCCUCCAGUUCACGACAACCGCAUGCCAUCCCCCAAGUCGGCUUAUCCCCAGCACCCAGCUCCCCCACCACCUCACUAUGCUCAUCAUCCAGAAAUGCCACCCCAGAGUGCUCCCGAAAACAACGCACAGCCGCCGCCUCCCCCGCCUGCGGCGAUCUCUGAGCCUCCUGCUCAACGCAUGGAGGACCGGCCUUCGUCUGUAGGACCCAAGAGACAUCGCGAGUGGGAAGAGGAGCCCGUGGCCAAGAAGCCUGCCAAUGAGGAGACUCGUGCACGACUGGCCGAUCUGGCACACCGCAGGCCCUCUCCAACCCCUCCCCGCGACCCAUACCGCCGCAACUCGUCCGAGGCUCGCCGGACGGAGGAGCAACGUCGCCCUGAAGAACCCAGGAGGUCCGAUGAACCGCGCCACAAGACGGAAAACUACCACCCGUCCGAGGCCGCUCACCACACGCAGAGUCACAGUGUGAGCUCGAACCACCUGCCGCCGAUGCAGCCGGGAUCAGGUCCCAUGACUGGUGUCGUCCACGAAAAACCUCAGCCACCGGUUGUCCCCAAAGAAGAACCCCGUGCUGAACAGGCGCCCCUAGCUCGCCCUGCUCCUCCAUCUGCCUCUGAACCCGAGCGUGCUGCCAGGAAAAUGGACGUCGACGAGGACUAUGAUGACAGCGGGGAAGACGAGAAGAAGACAGUGGUCCUCACUAAUGGUUCUGGGCCUCCCGCAGCAUCAAGUGACUUGAAGGCUCCGGCGCCUUCUUCCAGCAGCGUCAAUGUUGCUUCUGGCCCCGUGCCCAAGACCGAGUAA